GCGCCGCACCCGCCCGUGCACCACUGUGCAAGAUCGCCUACAGCGCAUCAUCGCUUCCCCACUGGCGACGUAAACAAGUGACUGUGGUGUACCGAAACGCAGUGUAGUUUCUUAUUAACUGCCGCAGUGACAAUCGCAAAGGCGACGCGAUGCCUCUGUCGCGUGACAGGUGAUAGGUUCUCCCGGGCUGGGGACUCCGUUUCGACACUCUGAGCGCAUCUUCGGGGAGCGAAAGUUGGCCAUCGCGGACUCGACGACGACGAGACGAGCAGAAGCCGACUCAGCGAUGCAGGACAGGAUCACGCCGUGUAUCAUCGAGGAACAAAGCUGUCUGGCUGACUUCACCGCCGACCAGAUGAUCAGCAGGGAAGGCCUGCGGGAGCUCGUGGACCUGGGCGAGCAGCUGGCGCACGGACACGUCCGCAUCCACGAUGUCGCAGACAGGAUAGCGUCCUUGCUGUCCCACGGACUCCCCGAUGACAUCGACGAGGACGAGGACGUGGUCUCGAGCACGACGGGCAGCGACGCGAUGGCGAUCAGCCUGAGCACCAGCAGCAUCAGCAGCAGCAGCGGCGGCGACGGCGGCUGCAGCGACUCCGACAGCGACUCAGACAGCGAGGAGGGCCGCGAGGUGGCGUCGCACACGCUGGCGGCGGCCGAUGCGUCCGCCGCGGGCUUCGAGGAGGCGCUGCUGCUGGCAGGCUACACCGACUGCAUGCGCGAGGCGCUGCGCUUCCUGGUCGAGGAGGAGAGCUUCGCGGCGCACGACCCGCUCGUGCUGGGCCUGCGCCAGCACCUACUCGACCACCAGCCCAGACUCCCUCUGGUCGAGGUGCGCCCGCCUUCGCUGUGA